UAGCAUAGGUUAAAAGGAAUUCAGGUGUUCCAACAGUUGAAGUUUUCUGGAAGUUUGUUCUAGAUUAGAGGGGCAUAAAUAUUUAAUCCUGCUGCUCCAUGCUUGGUUCUCAUUUGGGGUGUAAAGUAGAUUUGAACCAAAAGACCUGAGUGGUCUGGAAGUUUGAUGCAAUGGCAAAAGAUAUUUAAUGUUUCUUGGUGCUAGUGAAUAACUGAAUAUAGACUAACACAAGUAUUUUCAAGUCUAUCCUCUGCGAUUAAGAACUGGGCUCAAGUUUUCCUAGUUUUAGAGCCUAGUAACUAGACGUAUUGCUGCCAUCUAGUGGACAAUUACUGCAAAUGGAAAAGGGUUCAGCAGUGCAAAGAACUACAUAAAAUGUGCUAUGUAAAACUGAAUUUGUUUGUCUUCCAGGAGCAGAAGACAAAUAUAUAUUUAAACAGUGAAAAUAUGAAUUAAAAUGCAAAUAUUAAUAAAAUAUAUAGAUUAAAGCUCAGCGUCGCGUGGGAGACGUGUGACGUCGUUGUUAUGGUUACAGCAACACACCAUUUGGGUAAAGAAGAAUCAGUGCAGACGAACUUUUUCCAACUCUGCUACGCUUAACAAUAGGGUAGCAACAAUACUUUGCUCCCGGAAAAUCAACCAUGGAAGACAUCCCUGCUUCUUGUUUUCGGGUUCUGGAUGAGAUGUUGUCCUCGGGCAAAAUUAGCCAGGCUACAUUCACAAAGGUGAAAGACGGCUUUGAGCUACUUCAGGAUACUUUAAAGAGUGCGCAAAGUUCUGAGAUGCAGCUUUUGGGAGAGGCAAAGAGGUGUCAGGCUGAGCUGGAGCGGCUCCAGGUAGAAGUACGGAGCCCGGCAGAGCAGCGGGGCCCCCCUGAGGAGCCCGACGGUGAGGUCAGCAAACUGAGGCGACAGCUCCUGCAGGCGCACAAUGAACUGCGCGCUGCUGAGGACAGAGAGCACGCAGCACGGCACGGAUUGCAGCGUCUCCGGGAAGAGAAGCAGCAUCUGGAGAGAGAAAUUCAAACACAACCUGCUUGUAUCCUCCAGGAGCUGGAAAGCAACACAGACAUGUUGAAGGACAAACACGAUGCUCUGAAGAAAGAAGUGGCCCAGAGACAACUGGAUGUCAGCUCUCUAGAGUCGAUACUUUGGAGAACCACCAUCCUGACUUUUCAGCAAACUCUGACGGAGGAUUUGGAAACCCUUGAAACGCUGCUAUUAAAAGAACAAAAAGAGCUGGAAGAAAAGAUGGAGAUCAUCGAAAUCAAAGAGGCUGAGAAAGCCCAGCUUGCCUGCAUACCUAAGCGGAUAAUACAGGAAACUGAAAGAAAGCGCUCUUUAUGGGAAGUGGCAAUGAAGAAGAUGGACUCCCUGAACACAGAGCUUUCAGAAACGAAGCAUCAGAUGAGGAGUCUGAAUGAGGGUAAUCAGUCCCUGGAGGUGAUGAGGGAGGAGGUGAUGCAGGAGCUGGAGCGGCUCGGGGCUCUGAUAGCGGCGCGGCAGCUGGAAAACAGACAGCUACUGAAGAAGCAGGAGAUCUGCAGGGAGGAGUCGUCUGAAGUUAUGGGCAGCAGGGGUAUUUUGGAAAUGAAGCUGCACAACCUCAUGACUGAUAGGAAGCAGCUCUACGAGAGCCGAUCUUUGCAGCUCCGAAAGAAAAAUAAGCAGGUGGAGGCCCUCAGAAGGAUGGAGCACGGCGUAUCCAUGGCCACUGAGCAGCUAGCGUGCAUCCAAUCCGUCUACAAGAGCAUACAAUCGCAAGUGCUGGACGCUGUUCCCGAACGAGAGGCCAGCGCUCGGCAAAGGAUGGAGCUGGAGAAGGAGAUUGAUGCACUCGCAGCCGGCUUUGAAAAGCAGGUUUCUAUGGCUGAAGAAGAAAACCAGAAGAAGCAUCAGAACGAGGUGAUUCAAGAGCUGCUUAAGGAGUCAAAUCACCUCAGAGAAGAACUCCAUAACCUCAGAUGUCUAAGACAGAUCAAAGCGGAGGAGCGGAGCAAGAAACACUGGGAACGUCUCAAGGCAGAGCAACUGAGUGAGCGCAUCCACCUGGAGCUUAGAGAGAGAGAGCUGAUCAUCAUGGACCACAACAAGCUCAACGCCGUGCUUCAGCGCAGAAUAUCACAGUAUUCAAAACUGUGUGACAAGUUCCUGGAAGAGAAGAAUAAGUACGUGAGGCUGAAGCAGAUUGCCUCACAGACGACCUCUGAAUUGACGGAGCAACUUAACAUCCUUGAAAACGAGAUGGAAAUCCAGCGCUCUACUGCCGACAGCAAGGACAGAUUACUGAUAAAGGCUCGCAUGAAGGUCUCCAGCAGCUCCAAAAUGAGGGAGAAACUGCGUAAUGAGAUCUCUAAGUUCACAUGGAAACGACACCAAGUCCAUCAGCAGCAUGAGGACAACAAACUGGAGUUAAUGAAUCUCACCCAAAUGAUCAAGUUCCACGAGGGGAUUCUUCUGGAAGUAAAGAGAAGUCUUGAGAAUGCCAUCCAAAGACGCAAUUUCCUGGGGAUACGGCUCUUGGAGCAGGACAAAGUUUUGUCUAACUUUUAUGAGCAGAUGAAGAACCUGGAGGCGGCCGUCGCCAAAAGCAACAGAGCAACCGAGACGGUGGAGAAGCACGUGAGAGAACUGCAGAUUGAGAUCAACGACGAGAAGAAGCAAAUAGACCUGGAGAAGAGGAAGGUGUUACUUAAGAGGAAACUGGAGGAGGAGAUCAUCGUGCUGCAAAUCGAGUUGUCAGAAGCCAGAGACGCGACCCUGAAAAGUGUGACUCGUACCCUUGAAUAUCGGGAGUUAAAGGGCGACGACCCACCGACUCCAGAACUCGUCAAGAAAAUGGAGCAGCUGGAGGUGAAUUUGGCCGAGCGCGAGCGACAGCUGCUGGAAAAGGAACACCUGGUGGAGCGGGUGACCCGGAUGUCGAAGCCGCUGGGGGAGCAGGCGGAGAGCUGCAGGGUCCACAGUCUCUCCGUGGCGAAGAAGCUAAAUGAGGCCCGGGCCAAAAUCGUCAACAUCAACCUCUGUUUGAUGGCCGUUUCUGCAGAACUGUCCGUGAAGCAGGCGGCCGCUUUGUCUGAACACCGACAGAUGAAAGAGAGAGAGCAGCAGCUGUCAGAAGCCAGAGACGAGAUGAUGGAAAGCGUCGGUGAGACCAACAAGUCGGAGGUCGAGGCCUCGCCACUUUCAGAACUCGACGACAAAACGGAGCAGCUGUCAGAAGCCAGAGACGAGAUGAUGGAAAGCGUCGGUGAGACCAACAAGUCGGAGGUCGAGGCCUCGCCACCUUCAGAACUUGACGAUAAAACGGAGCAGCUGUCAGAAGGCAGAGACAAGAUGCUGGAAAGCGUCGGUGAGUCCAACGAGUCGGAGGUCGAGGCCUCGCCACCUUCAGAACUCGAUGACAAAACGGAGCAGCUGCCUGAGCGUGAGAGUCAGCAGCAGCCGGAGGGAGAAGGAGCGGAGCAGGAGGCCGGUCCGUCGAAGCCGCCGGAGAAGCAGGCAGAGAUCCUCAAACUCCACGUGAUCAACAGCAUCUCCAAAUCACGGAAGAAGACCAGGUGUCGCCCGGAUCCGGUGCCGAAGGUGCCAAUGGUGCCUUGGUAUUUCGACGUGGAGGAGAUCUGGAGGAGGAUUGUCCGAGACAGGAGGCUGAGGCAGAGGGAAAGAGAAGAGAAAAAGAGGCUUGCUGAGGAAGGAAAGUGGAGGCAGCUGCCAAACGGAGUGCACACCACAGCCGAAGCCCGCCCCAACUCGUACAUCCCCCUGGACGACCCACUCGGUCUGCCCGUACCCUUCGGACGCUUCGCGCCCAUCAAGCCCCGCCCACAGGGGGCCUACAUGAGGCAUUAUCGCAAUCAAGUAGUGAAACCCUGGGACUUUUAGAAAAAAAAAAAAAAGAAAAGGAUCUUGAAAGCCUUUAAAUUUCUCUGUCUUCUUUCAGUUUCACCAGUAUUCCUUCCUUCCCAUAUAUUUCCUGGAAGUGCUUGAUUUGAAAGCGAAAGUAUGACAUCGUGUUUAAAGGUUUUGGGGCGGGAGACGCAUAAUGUUCCCCCGUACGAUUUCACCGUCGCCACACUGCCUGGCAACACAUCAGCACCGCUCCGACCUCCUCUCCCUUGAAGAUGAGAUUAAUUUCUUAAGCUAUUCCCACACAUUCUUCGGCUUUGUUGUCGUUUCACCCUUCACGGUCGUAAUCUUUAAAUAAAUUGCAACGGGUCUGCCUGAGCUUCACGAAGACGACCAGGCGAGCCCUCGAAAAUGAUAAAUCUGGAGAGGAAGCGGAAGCAGUGAAAGAGCAUGAAGAAUGACAAAGAGAGAGGAGAAUUCAAAUGAAGGGGACGGAGACGGUAGAGGAGAUUCAAAGUUAAUCGGAGGGCUGCAAAUUGGGCGUAAAAUUCACAGUUUGGGGGGCGCUUCACACCAAAACAUGAAGUUGAACCUUAAAACAGCUAAAGGUCUUCCAAAAAUAAAUCAAAUAGAUUUGAUGUACCCAGAAAUUCCCCCAAAUUUACGAGCGGGUGCCUCGGACGGCUGGGGAGAGUUGAUGAAUGUGUGUGUGUAAAGAAAAGAUGUGCAGGAGGAAAAGUCCUGAAACAGCUGCUGUGCACCAUGUCAAACCUGAGUGGUGCUGCUCGCAGCAUGAGUCAACUUCCUAAGAAGAAACCAAGGGACAAAUGUGUGUGUGUGUGUGUGUGUGAGAUCAUCCAAUGCAGAUUCACCCUGGAAGCUGUCAGAUUAACUUGGCCCCAAACUGUUAGGCUGCUACAUAACACUGGCUGCAUAACAGAGUGUGAGGGAGACCAUUAGAUGGAGAAGGACCCAUGUGUUUACACUUAGAGAAAGAUUCACAUUUAUGAUUUUAAUGUGAAAUGUCAUAUGGGAGUGUCUUUCUGUAAAUAUGACUUAUCUUGUGAAAUCCCUGCUCCUACUUUCUGACUUCAGUGAAAGUCUGCCCAGCCUUUUAAACUAUACCAGCUUAAUGUGUGUGUUUAUGGAAACUUUUAGCUAUUUUUUCUAAAGAGAGCAUUUGUGAGGUCAGACACUAAUGUUGGAAGUGAAGGUCUGGCUCACAGUGGAUGCACUAAUUCAUGCCAAAGAUAUCCUGUUAGGCAAAACUCAAAUUUUUUUAAUCAAAAGUUUCUGUGCUAGAAUUAGUUGGUUUUUUGGCUUUAUUGACAUUAGUGUAUUUCACAAAACUGCAAUGGAAACUUUUUUUUUUUUCUUCUUUUUUUUUUUUUGCAUCAUACAACUCGUGAUUACCGAAUGGAUGAUAAUACUGGCAGAAAAGACCAUAUAGUCUGUGUUAACCUUGUUCGUCCAUGUCCUUUUUGACCUUGCUUAAAAAAAGAUAACAAAAAAUGUAUAUUUACAUUCCAGUUUAAUGAGCAUGCAUGGUCUUAAAAUAUGAUUCUGAUUAAAAAGAGUUUAGGAGCUGGUACGUACUCAAAGCAAAAAAAAAACAACAUUUACAGCUACAGCUCCCUUCGUGACUUUGCCGGGGUUGAUUAUUCAAGCCACAUGCUACCGGCUCCAUUCAAUUCAAGCUCAGCCUUGUACAAAAAGUGAAUCUGUCUCCCCAUGUUUACCCGUACAAAUCUGUUGAAAUCAGACUUAAUGUGUGGCAGAUCACAUCGAGCCUCUCUGUCUGCGAAGCCUUUUGUCGGCGGGUAAUCAAGCUGAUGGGAAGCAGAAGCAUUACAGGAAACACACUGGAGGAAGGGUAGAGAGCAUCUGUGGUUUAUAAAUACUGUUAACAUUAGAUGGUCGUAAUUGGGUGACAAAAAAAAAACUCUUAGCAGCUCCAAGGUGUUAAUUUAGAUAAAACAUCUUCCUACAGGUUUUGACUUUUUUGUUGAAUUUAUUUGAAUAUUUAACUUAGUGUCAUUCUAAUUUAUUCUAGUGAAUCAAAACAAAAACACUUGCACUCAGUGUAGUUUCACUGCACACAAAGUGAUCAUUUUAAAGCCUUUAUUUUGAUAACUUUUGACGUCUUCAGUUGGAGCACUAGCUGAUAACGUGGCUGCAUUUACUUCAAAGCCCCUCUGAGACGAGCGGGCAUUACUGUGGCUGGUUCAGGGUUUUCUCUUAUUCUUUUUCUUCCACUCAACUUUCCAUCCACGUGCUCGGACACAACCAGCUUCUUUUUUUGACAACAAUGGAUAUAGAGUGUCAAUGGACAACUGUCGAGAGAGCAGUCUCCCCGGUGUGUUUGUGGGAUUAUCCCUCAUCGCAAUCAGAUAUGCAGAAAGUGCUACUGCUUUUUUAAAAAGGUAUUUUAUUGUGAAAUUUAUAUAUGCAUUUUGUUUCAUGUGUUUUCCAUAAACACCCUGUACUCCAGCAGUCUAUUAUUAGGAUAAACAGUAAGACAGAGAUUUGGGUUUUGACAUUUCAGCUGAUUCCGAAAAAAGAUUAAGCGUUUUUAAUAAGAUUUGGAUUUAAAAAUAUAUAUUCUCAAUAAUUAAUUUUUUUUGUAUUGCCCUCACCAUAAGCCACAAUAAAGUGAUUAGAUAUAAAUA